UCCCAUUCAAAUCGAGCUCCCGGACGUUUCAAAAAAAAAAAACCCUCCGGAGCCCCCCAAAUCCCCCUUCCCCUUCCCGUCAAGCAGGCGACGAUGCCGCCGAGGAAGAAGCGGGGGGCUCGCCCCGCCGCCAAGAAGCCGCCGCCGCCGUCUCCGCCGCCGCCGCCGCCGGGGCCUCCCGGCCCCGACGCGCCGGUGGAGGAGCAGCUGCUGUGGACCUCCGACCAAGAGUACGAACGUCGGAAAGCUGCCAUCGGAGCUAUUCAAGCAGCAGAGACUGAGAGCGUAGUCUCCCGGCUGCGUCUGGUGCGAUCCUACAUUUCUGAGGAGCAACUAGAUACAGGCGCCUUGCAAUUUUUUCAGGAGAACUUGCCCAACGUGUCAGUUGGACGAAACGGAGAGCAGGGUGAGCUUGAGUUGAAAUGGAAAGAAUGGCAUGAUCUCAUAACUGGAUACCAGAGGGGUGACAAGGUUUCGCGAGCUUCGAUCACGUCGUUGGCAACUGCUCCUGGUUUUCAUUUCUUAGGAGAGUCAGCGCAGAAGAACUUCAUUGAGAGCACUUUUGAUUUUAACAACUUUAAUUGGAGUGAGCUGCCCGAAAGCCAAACGAUAGGAGCACCAGAUUCUCUACAGACACCCGGGGCCACGAGUAGUCGACUCUCUUUUGGCAUGACUCCGAAAUCAGUAAGACAACCCAAGAAUGGUGAGAUGCUCUUAUCCGUGCACGGGUCACCUCUUGGAAUGUAUAAAGAAGAAAAUCUGGCAGCUAUCACUGAAUCUGGUAACGGAAGUGAAGAGCCGCCUCAAGAUGCCAGUGGCAACCAAUAGCAGUAGUAAGAACUAGAAGAAAAGACGCUUGUUGGUGCGGCUGGGAAUACAUAACUUAAACAAGCAUGCAGAAAUCUUUAACUCCGUAGAGAUUGUCAACUCAUACUGAACAUUGGGAUAUUUAUUUUUCUGUGUUGAUUUCUUGACUUGUAUUGCUGGACGACACCAGUUUCUCAGUAA